CAGUUUGUACGUCUGCUCUCUGCUGCGUGUUGUACCAAGGAUCAGAUCCGCUCCAUGAGAUUCGCUUGAACAGACUGUAUCAGUGGACUCUCAGUAAAAACAGCGAGCAUGGAGAAGCUGGGACUCAACAUUCUCCACCUCUUAAUGUUGCAACCUGCAUUGCUGUUCACUCUGAGCACAGAAGAUACAAAGGAAAUUUAUGUUGUGUUGGGCGAGAGAGCGGUGUUACCUUGUGAAGCACACGAGAAGCAAGAGGUUGGCUACAGCGCUAUCAGCUGGUACAAGGUAGGUGACGAUGGCAUCAGGUUGUCAGGCAUUGUUCUGAGGAAUUUCAGGGAGAAGAGGGUGAGGAACUAUUUAGGAUGCACCAUGAUUGUCACAGCCUCAUCCGUCCGUCCCUACACCUUGACCAUCAACAACGUCUCCAGUGAAGACCUGGGAACAUAUCGUUGCUCCCUGUGGGCGCCGAUCGGCGAGGAAAAUAAAAGCGGACUCGUGAGAGCGACUGUCAAGGGUGAUGCAAGGAGAGAAAGUACGGUCUCGACCAUGUGGUUGAUGGUAUCCAUGGCAAGCGGCCUGUGCGCACUUUGUUUAAUCUGUCUUCUGAUCAAGGUCUGCAGCGGACGUAAGGAAAACUACGGCAAGCUGGGCCAGGAUUUGUCAGACUGCACCAUCCCAGCCAAGGACCAUGGGGUCAUCAAGACGUGACGAAAAGAGUCCGGCUCUGUUAAAGAGAACUUCAAAACACAGCUCAAAGACUGUAUAAGAGGGUCAAAUGCACUGACCACUGGCUGCUGCUCCUCAAGCACAGAUUAAUCUACGUACAGGUGCACAACCUUUUAUCCGAAAGCUUUGGGACCAGACACCUUUCGUAAUUCAGAAUUUGUCGGUCUUCGGAAUGGAAAUUUUUUUGCGUAGAUUUUAAUGGCUGGCUCAGUGGUAGAGUGCUCAGCUCAUAUCCGCAAGGUCGCGAGUUUGCGCCUUGAUCCCGGCAGAAGAAGUUGGAGCGGGGCUGGGCUGGGCUGCUGCUGGCUGUGGGUCUCUGGGAUCUCUGUGCUUGCGGUG